CUCAGCUUGAAAGAGCAAAUGUGUAUCUUCCCUCUCCUACAAAACAAGUACUCAACGCUCAUCAGGCUCUACUUAACCACAAGUUUCUGAUUUCAUACAAUUCCAUAAAAAUGGAGAACCAAAUCCAUCCCUUAUGGCGCGUGCGAUUAGCCGCUGCUCUCCGAACCGCCUUAGCCUGCACCAUAGUCGGCUGUGCCACCCUCUACAGCCCGAAACCUAUCCGCAAUUUCUUAACCUACCCAUCUUAUUCUUACAUGACAACAAUCCUUAUAGUCUCGGACGCAACCCUCGGCCAGACCCUUAUGAGCUGUUGGCACGUGGUCUACGCCACGUGCCAGGUGGUGGCUUCUUCCGUGUUGGUCCUGUGGCUGGUUGGACCAGCACGGUUCACUAACGAGGUGGCGGCAGCGGCCAUGGCCGUCAGCGUGUUUGUGGUGGCGCUGCCGGGGUCGACGCACUUGAUGUCCAAGAGGAUCGCGUUUGGGCAGUUUGUGAAUGUUUACGUGGGUACUGUUGUUUAUGGUUCUAAUACUCGGAUCGUCGUGCACCCAACUCAGGUGGCGGCGAGUACGGCACUUGGAGCUUUGGCUUCUGUUCUUGCUAUGAUGUUUCCAUAUCCUCGGCUAGCUUACUAUGAGGUUAAGAAUUCAUGGCGUCUUUAUGCUGAAAAUGCUUCCCAGAGGUUAACUCGAUUCAUCGAAGCAAUAUCUUCCCAAGACAAUAGAGUAGCACUUGAAUCCAUUUCUAAAGGAAAAUCUCUUUCCAAAGGAGCAGCUAAGCUUCUUCAAAGUAUCAAUCAUAAUCUGGAAGGUAUGUUGUGGGAGAGACCAGAUAUCAAAUUUCUAAGACCAAACCAUAGGGAAUUGGGACAUAAGUUGCAAGAAAUGGAGAUACCAAUUAAGGGGAUGGAGAUGGCUUUAUCUUCGUGUUCUUCCUUUCCUGUUGAUAUGAUCGACCAAGGGCUGAGAGAUCAUUUACUUAACUCACAGCUACAGAUCAGCCUAAAACUACUGCAAUCUAAGUACCCUGUGCCUUCGGAGGCAACAACAGUUCCAGAAGGUCAGACAGAAAUCUUUGACAAGCCCCUUUGGACUAACAAAACCAACACCACAACCCAUCAAGAUCUCCCAGCUUUGUUCUUCUUGUACUGCAUGGAACUCCUCUUAGGUGACCUCCCUAUUGCUCGGAAUCCCGGAAACACUCCAAAAUGCAAAGAAAAAAGAGGUGAUUCACAGACUCAAGCACAGUGUAUCUGCAAAAGGGUCUGGAGAAGCAUUAGGCCAAGCCUCGGGAAUUUUAUUUUUGCCCUCAAGUGCUCAAUCGCAUUAGGCUUUGCUGUCUUUCUUGGUUUGAUUUACAACAAGGAGCAAGGAUACUGGUCGGGCCUCACCAUCGCCAUCAGCUUCAUAACAGGACGACAAGCGACAUUUACAGUUGCGAAUGCUAGAGCACAAGGAACAGCACUGGGAUCAGUCUAUGGAAUCAUAUUUUUAUUUCUUUUUCAAAAAGUCGACCAGCUAAGGCUCUUACCGAUCUUACCUUGGAUUGUUUUCACUCAUUUUCUUAGGCAUAGCAAGAUGUAUGGCCAAGCUGGUGGGAUCUCAGCGGCAAUUGGGGCGUUGCUAAUCUUAGGUAGAGAAAACUAUGGUCAACCAAGUGCCUUUGCAAUUGCAAGAAUUGCAGAGGCUUGCAUUGGACUGACCUGCUUCACUUUAGUAGAGGUUCUGUUUUAUCCUAUGAGAGCAGCGACCCUAGCAAAAAAUCAAUUUUCGCAAAGCUUGGGGGCACUUGGAGAUUGCGUUCAAGGCAUAAACCUCUGUGUACCAGCUUCUACUGGACUGAGAGAAAAGCACAGGAAGCUAAAAUCUCAUGUCAAAAAACUGGAGACCUUCAUUGAAGAAGCUGAAACGGAGCCUAACUUCUGGUUCUUGCCCUUUCAAGGUGAUUGUUACAAUAGGAUCCUAGGAUCCAUGUCGAAAAUGGUGGAUCUUCUAUCCUUUGUGGCCCACAACAAAGACUUCAUCUCACAGAAAUCUGAAGGUGCUUCACAGGAGCUAAAACACCAUAUGUAUACUGAUCUGGAGCUUCUAAAAGUGAAGAUCGGGUCUUCACUAAAAUGCCUUGAGCAGGUGAUUUCAACGAAAUCCCUUGCAGCGUUUGAGAAAGCGGCGCAGAGUGAAUACGAUAGCGAAAUGGGCAUAUCACCAAACCCGUUUAUGAUUUUGGGUACAUGUGAUGAAGAGGCUGACGCUAUGGUAAGUAAUUUCCUACAACAUAUCAAAGAAGCAGUUGAGAGAGUACAUAACAGCGAUGGUGAGGUGAAGGAUGUGAGCCAAAUGGUUCUUUGUUUGAGUAGCCUGGGAUUCUGCAUCCGGAGUUUGACAGAAGAAACAAUGAAGAUCAAGGAAGAAGUAAGAAAACUUGUCGAAUGA